AACCGGUUCAAUACACGAAUUCCGCAGUUGUUGACAAUUGACAUUGCUUUUCUGUCAAAAUAAAAUCCUAUAAGAAGCUAGUGUUUUUGAUCAAACUUAACUCGUCCUGCAAUUGCAAACAAUAAUCAUGGCUUCAAUGGCCUCUAUUCAUCGCAUAGGAUUCAAAUUACUGCAGCUUCCACAAACGGGUUUGCUAGUGCCGGGACUGCAGAACAUGCUUGCUUUACAGCAACAGCAAGUACGUCAUCGCCGUACCAAACAUUGGGAUCCGAAAUGGAAGCGAUUGCGUAAAGCCAAAUAUGUCAAGGUGGAUAUACCUAAUUUGAAUGAACGCGCAGAGGAUUUAAGUAAUGAGCAAAUGAAAACAAGAAUGAAAGAACGUGGUUUAUUACCUCCUAGGCCAUGGCUGGAGCGACCUUUCCAUAUUAGCUGUACAGGUGGUGUAUUCGAGCCGUAUGUUCCGCCAGAAGGGGACGGUAAAAUAUCGGCGAUUUCAAAAGAGGGGGCUAAGCAAAAGUUUGAGCUGCUAGAAAAGAAAACAAAAUCCAUGAUGGCUAUUCGGAAGAUUCGUAAUUACGAUGAUGAUUUUGAAACAUCAGAGUUUGCGGCACUAGCUCAAGAUAUUUAUAUUAAUGCACACAACACAUUGGCAGAAAAAAAUAAAUACAAACUUCGCGAGCUAGUAACUGAGCGAGCAUAUCCAGAAUUAAUGCAUAAUGUAGCAGAUAAAACAAUUCACUGGAAAUUCCUGCAAUCGUUGGAGCCACCACGAGUUGUACAUGCACGUGUUACGGAUGUGAUUUCCAAAGAAAAUCUAUUCGCUCAAAUUACGGUUCGCUUCCAUACACAGCAAAUGCUUGCCAUCUAUGACCGCUUUGGACGGCUGAUGCAUGGAAGUGAAGUCUUAGUAAAAGAUUGCCUUGAAUACGUGGUGUUCGAGAAACACCUGUCCAAUGAAUACGGAGUUUGGCGCCUGCACGAAAAAAUUGUUCCGGAUUGGAUGCCACCGAAAUCACCGGCUUACAUAACAUACCGUGUAGAUGACGCUCCACCCGAGCCGGCUAAAUCUGAAGACAGUAAAGAGGUAACGGCUGCUGGUGCAGGAGACAAAAUUGGAGCUACAGUAACAGCAUAAAAAAUCCGGUUAUAUAUACAAAUAUGGGUUUAUGACCAAAUAAAAGUAGUAAAAUUUGAA